AAGAAGGCUAGUAACAAAAGCAAAAGGAAGAACAGAAAGCCGAAAAACAGCAAGAAAAGAAGUUCGAGAAGAUCCGGAAAGAAGAAAAUGGCAAUUAAAAACAAGAAUAAAGCGAAAAAUUCAAAAAAAUCGAAGGCUAAAAAAUCGAAGGCAAGGAAGGCAUUGAACAUUCAAGAAGCAAUGGAAUUUGCUGGACAAGCUAUGGAGUGUACGAAUUUGGAGGAGAAUACCUGGGAGGCUGUUGCUGACCAGGUCCGGCUUGUUAAAUUUAAAAGAGAAAUUUUUAUUUUUUUGGAAAGGUUUUUUGAAUUUAAAAAUUCCAUUUUUGAAGUUAAAGUGAAUUUUUAA